GAGCUGAAGGACGUUCGGGACGGGCAGCGCAUCCUGGAGAAGAAAGGCAGCGCUGCGGAGGUAGAGGCGCUACUGGGGGAAACGCGGAUGCUGCAGGGGAAGCUCCAGAGCCAGGAGGAUGAUUUCCGUCUGCAGAACAGCACCCUUCUGCGCGAGCUGGCCAAGGCAGAGGUGGCCCGGCUGCAGGCGGAGGUGGCUGAGUUGGCGGAGAAGCUGAGGGAGAAGCAGGAGAGGACGGAGGCGGAGGAGCUCCGGGCCCGUCGGGACAAGGAAUUUCAGGAGCUGCAGGCCCAGAACCAGCGGCUGCGACCGCGGGUCGAGGCUGCAACACAGGAGCACGCGGCGGCCGCCCAUGCCCACGCCGAGGAGCACCGGGUCGAGCUGGAGGGUCGCGUCGGGGAGCUGCAGGCAGCACUGGGGGAUGCCGAGCGGCAGCGGGAGCUGCAGGAGGCCGAGGGCCGAGCGCUGCGCCAGGGUCGCGUCGGGGAGCUGCAGGCAGCACUGGGGGAUGCCGAGCGGCAGCGGGAGCUGCAGGAGGCCAAGGGCCGAGCGCUGCGCCAGGGGAAGAAGAGCUUCUCCGUCAGCUUUGCGGCCCGUGACCCCCAGGGCCAGGAAACCUUUGUGCCACUGCUGAGUGAUGGGGACCUGGCGGCUGCCUUCACCUAUGCCCGGCCCACCCUGCGCCUGCGCCUCGAUGUCCGGCCUCCCCCUGAAAGCCCGCUGCUGGAGGACUGGGACAUCAUCAGCCCCCGGGAGGUGGCAGCGGCGGAGCCCCUCCCCGAGCGCCGCUCACUCCUGGCCGCAGCGCUGCCCUUCACCCAGGCCCUGCUGGCACAGGUGGGCCGGACACUGGCCCGGGCGCAGGCAGCCCUGUCCUGGCCUGAAGGGUCCCCUCCUUCACCGCCCCCUCCGCCAUCUCCCUUCGCCCCCCUGAGCGACGCCGACCUCCGCACCUACCUGGGCCCCGGCGGGCGGCUGCUGCGGGAGGAGGGUGAGGCCCCUGCAGAGGCGACCGGUGGUCAAGGUGGCCACGAGGCCUGCGGAGAUGGCCAGGAGGGUCCCACGAGCUCCGGCAACAUCCAGGAUGGUUCCAAAGACUCCACAGACGUCCCAGAGGUUCCUGCGAGCUCCAGCAACAACCAAGAGAAACCAAAGAGCUCCAGCGAUGUCCAAGAGGGUUCCAAGAGCUCCAGGCAUAUCCAGGAGGAUCCCAAGAGCUUUGGGGAUAGCCAAGAUGAUCUCAAGAGCUCCAGCAAUGUCCAAGGUGGCUCCAAGAGUGCUGGGGGUGACCGAGAGAAGCCUGAGGUCUUCAGGGAUGUCCAACGUAGUCCUGGCAGCUCCCCAAGUGCCCCAAAGGAUCCGAAGAUCUCCUGGGAUGUCCACGGUAGUGCCAAGGUCCCUGGGGAUGGCCAGGGUGGCCUUAAGGUCUCCAGGGAGGUCCAAGGUGGUGCUAAGGUCCGCAGAGGUAUCCAAGAAGAUCCCAAAGUCUCCAGUGAUGUUGGCCAAGACCCUGAUGGUCCUGAGGCCAUUGGAGAACACCCCGAUGUCUCCAAGGAGGUUGACCAAGACCCUGGUGUUCCUGAGACAGGCGACGAAGGUGCCAGUGCUCUCAAGGAGACUGGUGAACAACCAAACAUCUCAAAGGUGGUUUGUGGAGACCCUGAUAUCUCCAAGAAGGCUGGCAAAGAUCCCAGUGUCAGUGCUGACUCCAACAUCUCCAAGAAGAUUCGCAAAGGUCACAAUAUCUCUAAGAAGGUACGUGAAGACCUGAACAUCCUGGAAAAAGUCAGCGAUGAACGCGGUGUUUCCAAGAAGAUUGGUGGAGACCCCGACACAGUCAAAGAGAUGGGCAAAGACCCCAAAGAGGUUGGCAAAGACCCUAAAGAGGUCGGCAGAUACUCCGAGGCCCCCAAAGAGAUCGGUGAUGCCCUCAAAGAUGGCAGCACCCUCAACUCUCCCAGAGAGGUUGGUGACGACGCUGAAGAGGUAUGUGAUGACCCCAGCACGGGCAGGGUGGCUGCUGAUGGCCCCGAGGACCCCUGGGGGGGCGGUUGGGCCUGGGAGGACUCGUGCUCAUCGUCCUCCUCCUCGUCGUCCUCCUCCUCAUCCUCGGAGGAGGAGGUGGGUCUGGAGGAUGAUGGGGCACCGUUGCCACCGCCAGAGGAGCUGGGGCAGGGGAACCCCUUCCUCCUCUUCCUCUGCCUGGCCAUGCUGCUGGAGCAGCGGGAGGCCGUCAUGGCACGGGCUGGGGACUACAAUGAGGUGGCCAUGCACUUCGACCGCCUGGUGCGGCGUCACCACCUGCCCCGCGUCCUGCGCCGUGCCAAGGGGCUCUUCGCCCGCUACCUGGAGGUACGGAUCAGCAUGUACCAGUACAGCAUCUUGCCCGGGAUCUCUUCACCCAUGUGGACUUGUGUCCUCCCAGUACGGACCAGUAGAGCAUCUCGCCCAGGAUCUCUUCACCCGUGUGGCCUUGCGUCCUCCCACUAUGGACCAGUACAGCAUCUUGCCCGGGAUCUCUUCACCCGCGUGGCCUUGUGUUCUCCCAGUAUGGACCGGGGGCUCCCCAGCCCCGCGUCGGGACCUGCGGCGGGACCCACAGCAAGCCCCACGGCCGGGGACCAGAAGAAGGGCCGCAAGAAGAUCUCCAAGGCUGACAUCGGGGCCCCCUCCGGCUUCAAGUGCGUCUGG